UGGGGGGGAGUUGUGACGUGGGACUUGCCUUAUAAAAGCCCUCAGAUGGGAGCAGGUGCACAGAACACAUUUGCUAAAGAGAAGCCAUGCCGACCCCAAACAUCUCUGGAUCUGCAGGGAAGAGCUUCAGGAGGGCUGUGUCUGAACUGGACCCUAAACAAGCUGAAGCCAUUCUGUCUUCUCGGUUCCUGGGUCGGAGGCAAAGUCUGAUUGAGGAUGCUCGCAAGGAGAGGGAAGUGGCAGCUGCGGAGGCUGGCGAGUGCACGGAUUUGCUGGUGUUUGAGGAGAAGGACGGCAAAGCCAUCAUCAGUCUGCUCUUCUCCCUCAAGGGAAGCAAACCUUCUUCUUUAUCCCGCAUGCUUAAAGUGUUUGAGACAUUUGAAGCCAAAAUCCAGCACCUGGAGACACGACCUGGUAGAAAGUCGGUGGGGACGGCUGGAGAGCUGGAAUACUUUGUGCGAUGUGAGGUGCAUCGGUCGGACCUGAGCACCCUAAUGAGCUCCGUCAGGAGAGUAUGUGAGGAUGUGAGGAGCACCCGGGAGGACAAGGCUCACUGGUUUCCAACCAAAAUUGCUGACUUGGACAAAUGUCACCACUUAGUCAAUAAAUUUGAUCCAGACCUGGAUUUGGAGCACCCGGGCUUUUCGGACCAAGAAUACCGGAAGAGGAGAAAGAUGAUAGAAGACAUAGCAUUCAACUACACACAAGGUGACCCCAUCCCUCGAGUGGAAUAUCUGCCUGAAGAAAUUGCAACAUGGAAGGCGGUCUAUUCCACCCUGAAGAGCCUGUACCCAACACACGCUUGUAAGGAAUACCUGGAGGCCUUCCAGCUGCUGGAGGCCCAUUGUGGUUAUAGUGAAGACAAUAUCCCACAGCUUCAGGAUGUAUCCAACUUUCUAAAAGAAAAGAGUGGGUUCACGUUGCGACCUGUAGCCGGACUUUUAUCUGCUCGGGAUUUCCUUGCUAGUUUGGCGUUCCGAGUUUUCCAGUGCACCCAGUACAUCCGACAUGCGUCCUCCCCAAUGCACUCCCCGGAGCCGGAUUGCUGCCACGAGUUGCUUGGCCACGUGCCUAUGUUGGCAGAUAAAAUAUUUGCACAGUUUUCUCAGGAUAUCGGUUUGGCAUCUUUGGGGACCACAGAUGAAGAAAUAGAGAAGCUGGCAACGCUUUACUGGUUCACAGUGGAAUUCGGUCUGUGCAAGCAGGAGGGGGGAGUAAAAGCCUAUGGCGCUGGCCUGCUCUCAUCAUUUGGAGAACUGCUGCACGCAUUGUCAGAUGAACCAGAGGUACGGGCCUUCAAUCCAGAGGAGGUAGCGAUGCAGCCAUACCAGGACCAGAAUUACCAACCUGUAUAUUUUAUAUCAGAGAGUUUCCAUGAUGCCAAAGAAAAGCUAAGGAAUUACGCUUCCCAUAUAAAGCGCCCAUUUGUGCUGCGUUUUGAUCCAUACACUGUGAGCAUUGAAGUUCUCAACUCACCGGGCCGGAUUCAAACUUCUUUGGAUGGGCUAAGAGAUGAGCUACAGACCCUUUCAAGUGCACUCAGUAUACUGUCAUAAUGCACAACCAUCAGCUUCUUCUGUCACCAACAGAAACACAACAUUCUACCCUCUAAACUCCAUCUUCUGCUCAACGGACCACCUAUUAUAUGUUACUUUAUACCGUGAUGUAAAACAAAUGAAUCCACCUCUUGCAACUCAUCUCCCCAACUUUUUCAGUAUCCUUUCAUAUUGAAUGGUCUGAUAACCUACCGAACAACUGUGUUUUCAUUUUGUAGCAGCUGCAUCAAAGAGAAGAGCCAGCCUUAGGGACGAGGCCUAGAGCAUUUUGAGACUACAAAAUAAUUUUUGUGUUCACAGAAUUGAAUUGGUGUGGACAAAAUUGAUUUUGUGGUCAGAAAAAUAAUUUUGUACUUACAACGCCACUAACUGUUGGUGCACGAAUAUUGGAGUAUUUUGUUUAGAUUCGUGUAACAUAGUAACAUGGUUGCUGAGGUUGAAAAAUGAGCCAUUCACUUGUGCAAUAUGUCUCUAGCUUCUAGUUCAUGCAGAAAUGUUAAUUCAAAUAUGAAAAUGCUGUUUUUUUAAUCAAACAUGUGUCUACAAGUUGCACAUACUGGGCCUGUGUGUAUUGUGUAUUAUACUGCAUGUGUAAUGGACAUAAACUGCUGCUCUGUAACCAAACAUGUUGCUCUAGAAGGAUGCAUUUAAGACUUCUAUGCAAUGUUCUGCCUUGAAGAAGUGUCAGGGCUAAUUCCUUAUGACAAUGGAGUUGACAUCUAGCUUUAUGAGCAAUAUAACCUCUCACCACAAUCAGCUUCUUCAGUUUAUACAUCUUAAUGGUCUAAAUGAUGUAAUGAGUGUGUAUGAGUGGAUGGGUCUUCAUUGUGGGUCUUCAUGGUCUUGUCUUAACAUCACACUAACUGUGUAUUUCCAUGGUCACCUUAGUUGUCAACAAAAACCUAAAUAUUUGGGGAACCGAACAUACAUUGGUUAAGGACCAUAAUACUUCCCAAUGGUUCUCUUUAAAACAGUUUGUGGCAGAAGAAAGACUCAAAAUAUAAUUAUUGGUGACCUUUGGAGUAAUGGCCACUGGUAUCAGGACAUAUUCUAGUUGAUGGAUCUUGAUGUUAACACCCAUAGACAAAACAUGGAGGGACUCAUCAUACUGAGCCUCCCAGGAUGUUGUACCCAUUGCUAAAAGUGCCACCUAUUAGGGGUGGGUGGGUUGGGAAAUUUUGAACUCGUACCCCCACUGGAAACUGCAGCUUGUAACCCAUGUCCAACCAUUAUCUGAAGUCCUUCUGUACCUGGCCUGACCCCCUCCAAAGAAGUUGGGGUUAGCAUGAUGACAUCUCUGGAGGGAAGGGAGUUGGUGUUUGCAUCAUCAAUGAGAAUAUUCCCUGCCUUAAAUUUUGCCCUCUACCAUGUCAGCCUGAUCUAUGGGUAAUCACAAAGGUCUUGCAGGUAUCAGGCUAACCAACCCAUCUCUACCAGCUAGGUCCUAACACAAACAAACAAAGGACAGUAGGUCCCUCCUUUACAACCCGUAGUAUUUAUUUUAUCCAGUUUCCCAGACAGCCAAUACCCGUUUUCUGAAUAUUCACAUUGUCACAUCUAUUGCAGAAUUCCAUAAAACAGAACCGCUUGUGGUCAUACAUAGAUGCAAUUAUCUAAACAGAAUUUCUGAACAGGCUCAAUAAAUAUGGCAGCCCCAUGUAUGAUUUCAUUAAUAUAUUCCAUGUACA